AUGACCGCUCCAUCCACAUUUACAAUUUUAAGUUUUGUAGGAUUCCUCUUUUUCUCUAUAGUUGGAAUUGUUAUAUCCAACAAGUAAGUAUUAUGCUUAUAUAGUUAAAUUUAUGAUAUUACUUUGAAAUUACUCUUGACAAUUGUGUUAGUUGUGAUAAUUUAUGAAUUUUUCUUUAAAAAUAAAAAUGAGAAACCUGUUAUGAUAAAAUCACCAUAUAAAUAAAUAAAUUUUAGUGCAUUUGAAAGGAAUUAAGAGUUCAUUUAAUAGCCAGAAUAUCGAGGUAUUUAAUUAAUGCAAUGAUUAAGGAUAAUAAUAAGAAAUAAUUCAUACUCAAACAGAGUCUGUAGAAAGACAAAUCCCUUAAGAAAGGGAAAGAAUCUUAAGUAAGGAGUAAAGAAAAAAUAAUAUGAAAAUGUGUAAUAUAUAUGAUUGUUAUUAUUUUAGAUUUUUUGUAAGACAGAGAGAAUGAAGAAUGGCCUAUGCAAUUCAAAAAUGGUUCUAAUAGAUAAUAUUAUGUUGAUGAUACUCGAUCAUAAUAUAGUAUGGCUCAAACUUUGUCUUAUUAAUAAAUUCAAUCUCAUGGUAUAAACAGUUAUAAUAAUAAAUAAUAAAAUGGUACUCCAGAUUAUGAAAUUCAAUAAAAGAGUAAGAAUUCAGAAGUAAUAUUAUCUAAAUUAAUUAAAAAAAUGAGUGAUGCUCAUUAAAAAGCAGAAGAAUUAUUUAUGAAGUCAUUUAUUCCAACAUUUGUUAAAGAAUUUUAGGAUCAUCUUGUAAAUGUGAAUAGAAUGAUGAAAGAGCAUUUUUAAUAAAAAGUAAUUGAAAUUGAUAUCUUUUUUGCCAAUAAACCCUAUGAUAUAAAUUCAAAUAAACAUGAGAAAUCUAUUGGACUUAAAAGUAUUACAAUGGAAGAUGUGUUCUUUCUUAAAAAUUAAAUAAAAAGUAGAUCAAGAGAACCAGUAAGAGCACCUGUUAAUGUUGAGAAAUUUGCAAAAGAAAAAGCAGAAUUCAUUAAGGAAUGUGAUCUAUUGGAAUUAUUUUGUAAUAUAUUAGAUGUAUCUCUUAUUAACAGAAAAAUGUUAAAUGAUAAAAAACUAUUUUUAACUAAAUUAAUCGAUUUUUCAGAAAAUAAUUGUAAACCCAAAUAUCUUUCUGAUGGUUUAAAUGAAAAAAUGAUUAGUGAUUAUGAAGUAAGAUUAUAUUUAUAUAAAGUUACUCUUUACUGUUUUCAUUAAUGUUCUCAUAAAAUGUGUUAAAUAUGAAAAACAGAAAUAUAAUAAAGAUAAUAAUGAAUAAAAUUUAAAUGCAUGGAAAUCUAUUGAAGUUAGCUUAAUUAGAAUUGAGAGUUUAGGUAAUAGUGAAUGUAUAAAUUAAAAUGUCUCAUAAAAUUUAAAUGAAUCAUCAACUACUAAUCAAGCAUCAAAACAAACUGAAUAAAUUAAGUAAAAUAUAUAUAAUUUAAGUUAGAAAUCUAAUUAUCAAUUAAAGAUUGGAAUAAUAUGUAUCUGAACCUCAAUUUCAUUAUUAUAGUGAUUAUAUAGUCAAAGCUUUAAAUAAGGAUAAAGAGAUUAAGACAUUUAAAUUAGAAAAUAUAUUAUAUACUCCUAGAGUAAUAUAUAUUAUUUAUUAAAUUUAGGAUUAAAAUUCAUUAUAUUGUUUAAUAAGCUAUUAUCUUCUUCAUUUGUUAAAUGUUCCAAAAUAACAUUAGUAAUAAUUGUAAUAGAUGGAAAUGGAUUAAAAAAUGAUCAAAUGCUUAAUUAGAAUGUCAAAAGAUUUUUCAUAUUUAGUAGCAAAUGUGUGA